CUCCCAGGCUAUCCACGUAGGAUGACAGGUCACAAAUUCGAGUGAUAUUGUUGCGCCACGUAUGAAACGCAACGUUUCAUUUAUUAUGUAUUGUAAUGGGCUUCGUGGAUUUUAAACAUAACGCGUGACUUUGUGGCCUUUUAACGCUACGGCUGCGUUCUAAUUCACUCCUCUUCAACGGCGGUGCAGUGACGCCUGAGCUUCAUCUCAGUUUCUGAAACAGUCCGAUUGAUGGCUUUUUCAUGUUUAAUUCCAUUAAUCCAUUCACCCACGACGAUGAAUUCAAUGCGUGGUUUAGAUCUGCAAGGCGAUGUGUUUUCGAGUAUAAAUAGGUCAGUGUUUAUCUUCUUGGAAUCACCAUCUCUUCAUAUCUCUUACUAUCUCCGAUUUUCAUAUUUUACAGUCUUAGUUCAUCUCACUCUUUCCAAAAAGGCUCCGACGAGAUCUCCGGUGACUAAUGGGAACUCCACGCCGAAUAGAUUCUUCAAACGGCUGUUCCGUCCUCCGUCUCCGGCUAAAUGCAUCGUCGCGAGACAGCACGUCUCCUCCGUGAAGCGGAAUGAGGCAGCGUGGGUUUGGAUAAGAGAUUUGAUUCUCCAAGAGUUUAAGAAAAGAUCUCCGGUCAAUCUCCCUACCAAGAGUUGGUUUUAAAGGUUUUGCUUGCCAAUGAGUGACGUUCCAUACAUAUUUCCAUUGUAUAGGGAAAAAAAUUAUUGAGUAUCUUUCUUUAUUUAUGUUCUAUGAAUCUUUUAUGUCAUAAGCGUUCUAUGAUGGUUGAUGUUUUUGAUUUUGAUAUUGGCAGGUGAGCCACGAAGCCGUUUGCUUCAUAGUGGAUGGAGCGUGUUUGUUUCAUUGAUGUGAAGUAUCUAAUUUUUCUAUAGAGGCGAGGAUGUGGAAUCACUUGAGAAAGUAUUAAAAAGGACGAAUUAAGUAGGAGGGAAGAUUCAAUGCAGAAAAUGUAUCGAUGGAUCAGUUGCAGUCACCAAUUUAUAUUAACAUGAACAGGGGAGGAGCUUGAUAUUUUUGUAAACGAUGGAGGCUGCAUCAUGGAGAAUCGGGGAUGGUCUCUCAAGUGGCAUCUGGAGCUAUACAGUGUUUUAUAAUUAAUCCAACUCUCAGGCCAGAUUUUUUUUGAUCAAUCUCAUAAAAAAAUUUAUGUAUUUUUCUCUGUUUUUCAAUAAAUGUUGAGAGCUUUGCAAAUCUGUCAAGAACACUUAGCAAUUGUAAAGGAGAGUCCUUUUAUUCA